AGUCUGGCUCAAGUGGACCCACCGACUGGCGCCUGCAACGCCUGGCGCGGGGCGGCUGGUCUGGGGACCAUGGCGGAUGCCUCGCUCUCCUCGGCGGAGGCCAUCAUGGCCGACGCCAAGGCGAUGUUUCCGGAGACCUCGGUGUCCGAUGCUUUGAUCGGCUAUGAGGCGGCCAAGCCCCAGAUGGUGAGCUUUCAGCAGCAGCAGCUCUACAAGAGCAAGGCCUCAGAAGCUCUAUCCCUGGCCAAGGAAGCCUUGGUGUCGUUCCGCCGGGCGGGGGAGUCCAAGAAGAAGGUCUCCGCCUUGAAGCUGGUGGUUGAUGCGAACAUGGCAAUGGAGAGAAAUUUUGAUGCUAUGAUGGCAGCCAGUGACGAGCUAGCGAUGAUCAAGCGUACAGGAGACAAGCAGGCAGAGGUUGACGUCUCUGAGAUGUUAGCUGAGGUGCAAAUUUCCCGUGGAGACACGGGCAGCGCCUCCCAGACCUUGAACGACGCCCUCAGCUUGUACCGAGAGCUUAACCAGAAGGCUGGCGAAGCCAAGAUGCUGCUGAUGCUUGCAGGGCUGAAGCAGCGGGGCGGCCGGAAUAAGGAGGCCUUGAGCUUGGCGCAACAGGGCCUUGGACUCUUUAAGGAGCUGGGCAAUUCGAAGGGCGAGGAGGAUUGCAAGAGAGUCAUUAACAGGGCCUAUGCCGAGAGCGGGGAGACUGAGAAGGCACCCAACCGAAACGAGGCGGUGAAGGCACUCGAGGACCUGGCGUCGGCAGUGGAGCAACAGGAUAAGAACUUGUGGAAAUCCGCCAUAGAACAGCUCAAUAAGAGCUCUGCAUACACGCAGCACGACGUGCAGCAGAUCUUCGGCGCGGCGCUCAAGAAGGACCGACGCGCAGCGGCAGGAUUCCUGCAGCAGAUGGGCGUGCGGACGAAAGGUAGCGCACCCGGGCUCAUCAUUCGUGAGGUCACCAAGGUCUAUACCUACGUGGGCUUCCGCGUGGGUGGCCUGGGGUAUGGGCCACGCUUCCGAUGCCUCACGCCCACCCAUGGGCUCAUGGUGGAGGGCGACCCCAACAGCAUGCAUGCCGUGGGCUGCAUGCGGAUCGCUGAGGAGGCGGAUGAUUGGGAAAAGGAGCUGCAGUACCACCCAGGCAUUUUGGAUGGGUGCCUGCAAUCGCAAAGUGCCCUUGGCUGAUGCCUUGGGCGGUCCGGCCCUUUCCUCCGCGGACGCGGAGGAGGGCCCCGUGCGGGUUGGCCGGCAGUGUCUUCUGGUCGGGACUGGCCCAAGGGUGGGACGACUAGGUUUGGUGCCCGU